UGGGAACACAGAGCAGAAUCGGAACCCCUGCCCUGCCCUCACAGACAGUUCAUGGCUAGAGAAAUCAACAGCUUGACCGUGGAACUAUGAGCGAGCAGAACAACAGCAGCUGACUUUUAUUAACAUCUGCCUGCUCUAUGGCCCGUGAGGAAGGGGCUGGUGCCUCCAUUGCAGGGAUCAGGCAGCUGGGCUCAGAGGUGUGAGUGAUCUGCCCAGAGCAACAUGGCCGAUAAGGAGACGGACUCUGAGGAGCAUCAGAGGCAGCUGAAGAAGAAACAGAAGAACCGGGCGGCUGCCCAGAGAAGCCGGCAGAAGCACACAAACAAGGCGGAUGCCCUGCACCAGCAGCAUGAGUCACUGGAGAAACACAACCAUGCCCUGCAGAGGGAGAUCCAGGCCCUGCAGGCCGAGCUGGUGUGGUGGAGUCGGACCCUGCACACGCACGAGCGCCUGUGCUCGAUGGACUGUGCCUCUCGCUUGGCUCCAGUGCCCCUUGGCUGCUGGGGCCAGGCUGAGCGGUCCCCGGACCCCGUGCCCCAUGGACAACAUGGCUGCCAGGGGCAGCUGGGCCUGUUCCGGACCCCAGGCUCCUCUCCCUCUGCUCUGCCUCUCUCUCCAGAUCCACAGCCUCAUGGUUCCCUUGGCCUCCUCCUGUCCCCUCUGCCCUCACUGUCCCUUGGUCCUGCUGUGGUCACUGCAUCUUCUGCCCCGCUGUCCCCUAGCCCUGUCCAACCUACCUCACCCACUGGCUCUGGCCUGCUGAGGGCUCCCUCCAAGCUCCACACUCUCCAACCCAGCACCCCAGCCCGACCUGCCCCUCUGCAGUCCUUCGGGCUGGAGCACCCCAGCAGGGGGAAGCCGGGGGCCUCACCCCACAGCCCCUCAGCUGCUCUGGGGCUGGGAUCUCUGCAGGGCAGGGAGCAGAAGCCUACUUCCUCAGCAGCAGAUUGGCAAGGGCUGGGUGUGGAUCCCAGCCCCCACCCCUUCCUGGCCUUCCCUCUGCUCUCCUCUGCUCAAGUCCACUUCUAACCCGGCCCCCAGAGCUGGGCUGGCCCCUUCCUUGGACUCAGGAAGCAGCCUCAGCCCAUGAGCAUCUCCUCUGUUGCCACUGGAGGGUGCCUUUCUUGGCUGAGCAGCUGAACCAGGAUCUCACCAGGGAAAGGAAGCUGUCACUGUGUGCCCACCACUCUGCCAGGUCCUGUCACUGCUGCUUCCUUAUUUCAACCUCAUGGUCAUCCCGCAGAAUCCAGAUUGUCAGUCUACUUUUUCAGGAGUGGGAAGGAGACAGGCUCAGAGAAGCCAAGUGACUUGUUCAAGAUCAUGCAGCCUUUCUUGGGACCUGAAACACCACGAUCUGCUCCUCCUUUUCCUGGUGGGAUCCUGGCCCAGGCACCGUAGGGGCUGAAGUCCUAGAAACUGAGAGCUGGUGUGAGAGGUUUAAGUGCUGGGAGUGGGGAGGGGCUCUCCUUUCUGCUCUGUGAUUCCCAGGGCCACAAAGCCCUAUAAUCUCUGAAACCUUGCCUUCCCUGGGGCCGGCCCAGAAUCUAAGCCUGGGUGGGGAGGGUCCAGGCAGGAGCCCAGAAGUGAAUUCUUUCUGUCCCUAGCAGUGUUUUCAGUGCCAAAGAACUGAACCUGUGGGUUGGAGUUGAGGACAAGCCAGGAGUCUCCCGUUCGAUUUCUACAUGCUGAGUACCUAUAGCCAUUUUGUGACCUUGGGGAGAUUCUGAAGGUCAGCUCUCCAGGCUAUUCCCAAAGAGCUCCCUGCAUCCCCCUUUCUCCCAGAGCCAUGGUGGGUGGACUUCUGAGAGCAUUCAUAGUAUGCAGAAAAGGCAGGUGGAAAGAAUGAGGGAAGGACGAGGUGCAAAGUUAUAUUUAAGCAAGUGCUGGACUUGAACCUGGCAGCAGUGAGAACUGUGUCUUCUCUGGUACCACCCCGCCUCUGUGCAGCCCUCAACCCCCACUAGCCUCAGGCCCCUCUGAGCAGUGCCCCUCAUUGCUCUUUGGCUUGAUGGCAGCUGGAAGAGCAGGGGCCUGGGACCAGGAAGGAGCUCAACUGCAGCGCCUGCUUGGGGGUGGGGGAGGGAGUGGGAGGUGGCGGGUUCUCAUUCAGACUCAGGACAAACACUCUAAGGGGCCUGAGAUGAGAAACUCCAGCUCUUCACCCAGAUUUUCACACACAUGUAAACAGACAC